UGUCGACACCAACGUGGGCAUCCCCCCUAUAAGUAGGCGCCAGUCUCUUCUAUCGCCCAACAAGUUCACUCAAGAGUUGAAGAUGGAGAGGUCAGGCUCAAGCAAAGCCAGAUGCAUGAUGGGCGACAACGGCGAGGCCGAGCUAAAACUCUGCAACGCCGAGAGUAAACGAGCUGGUUGGAUUACAUUCCCAUUCAUCACAGGCACCGUGGCCUUGUUGAUGAUGGGUGGAAAUGGAUGGAUGACGAACUUGAUCGUGUAUUUGAUCCAAGAGUUUGACGUGAACCGGAUCGACGCUGCGCAGAUUUACAACGUGGUCAACGGCUGCUUCUGUCUCCUUCCGAUCCUCGCCGCGAUCAUAGCCGACUCUAAACUCGGAUGCUUCGUGGUUGCCUCCGUCUCCUCCUUCGUAGCCUCAGUGGGUGUGGUCUUUUUAUCCUUGACGGCGACGUUUAAUUCGUUGAGACCCGAGCCCUGCGGAGACAAAUCAAGCUCGUGCAAAGCCCCAUCAAACCUUCAACUCGCCGUGCUCUACACGGGGAUAGUUCUAGCGACACUCGGAGCAUCCGGAGUGAGGUUCACCACAGCAACAUUAGGGGCGAACCAGUUCGAAAGCCAAAAGGAUCAAUCGACUUUCUUCAACUGGUUCUUCUUUGCACAGUAUGCCGGUUUCGUUCUAAGCAGCACGCUGAUCGUGUACAUCGAGGACAGUGUGAGUUGGGCCCUGGGAUUUUGGUUAUGCGUCGCCGCGAACCUCGUUGGGCUUGCGGUUCUCGUCGCAGGAAAUCGGUAUUAUCGCCACGAGACACCUGAGGGGAGUCCAAUAUUGAGCUUAGCUCGUGUCCUUGUUGCUAGUUUUCGGAAAUGGAAGCUUCAGCUCACGCUGGAUGGUGAUGAGUUCUAUUAUGGCCGACAUGGACAGAAUAAGGAGGUGGAGGUACCGCCUAAAAAGAACUUCAGGUUCCUGAAUCGUGCCGCUGUGAAAACUGAUGGGGACACCAAGCCCGACAACUCGAUCGCCAGACCUUGGAGGCUAUGCACAGUGCAACAAGUGGAGGACCUAAAGGCUGUGAUCAAAGUGUUACCACUGUGGUCAAGCGCCAUCUUCCUGAGCACCCCAAUCGCUGUCCAAAACAGCAUGACAGUCCUCCAAGCCCUAACCAUGGACCGCCAUUUAGGACCCCAUUUCAUGAUCCCUGCCGGUUCAGUCCUUGUCAUGGUCAUGAUCUCCAGCUUGGUCUCUCUCGCUUUGAUCGAUCGCUGUCAAUCCCCGUCACCACUGUGGAAGAAGCUGACCGGUUCGCCUCCAACAGUAUUCCACAGGAUUGGUGUAGGUCAUCUCCUGAAUGUGCUCGGCAUGAUUGCAUCGGCACUAAUCGAGUCACGCAGGCUCAGGACAGCCCAUCUCCACCAUCUCCAAAAUAUCAACAAUCAUUCAGUCCCAAUGUCUGUACUGUGGCUAUUCCCCCAGCUGAUUCUGGUUGGAAUUGGAGAAGCAUUCCAUUUUCCGGGACAAGUGUUGUUGUACUUCCGAGAAUUCCCGGCGAACCUAAGCAACAGCUCAACCGCAAUGGUCUCGGCGAUGAUCGGGAUAGCUUAUUAUCUGAGCACCGUGUUGGUCAACCUGGUACGGAGGAGCACCGGUUGGUUGCCGGAGAACUUGAACGAUGGGAGGUUGGAUUGUGUGUAUUGGCUGCUGGCUGGGGUUGGGCUGGCGAAUUUUGGGUAUUAUCUCGUAUGCGCAAAGUUGUACACGGGGAAAGAUGGGAAUUCUAGUUCGAAUCUUCCGAUGACGGACGUUGCUGGUGAAAAAGAGUAGAGGUCCUAAAUACGUUUGUCCAUGCAUGCAUGCUCGGAUUAUGUCUCCGUAUAUUUCUUGUCUACUUCGACAAAGAUGUUGUCAAUGUGAAUACCCGCCUCUUCAUUGAGGAUUCAUAUUUA